AUGGAAAUCGACGACUGUAUUCGUGAGAAUAUACCAUGGUCAAAUCUAUCCGCUGAUAUUAAAGUAAUCCUCGGAAAUUCGUCGAAAGAAUAUGAGAAACGGGUUGUCGAGUAUUCCAUUCAGAAUCAGUUGAGGUAUAAGGGAAAUUUAGUCCGGCACAUGAAAAAGAGCGAGGAGGCAUAUUAUGAUCAGUUAUUGCGGUUUUCCGAGUCACACCUGAUGCUCUACCCGUAUCAUUUAUCGGAUAUCACUGUCACAGAAAUGAGACUUUCUCCGUUUAGUUAUUAUGCUAAUAUACUGACAGAAAUGCUGAACACUGAAAAAUCCUACGAUUCUCUUCCAAACUUCACCGCAGCCGAUGCUGUCAGACUUCUAGGAAUCGGGCGGAAUCAGUACAUUGAACUGAUGAAUCAAACCAGAUCAAAUCGAAAAUUCCUUCGUCGCAGCAAGACGGCCCGUGAGCUCCUUCCCCAAAAACCCGCAAAAAUGGUGAUCGAAUCAUGGUGGAUGACGAAUGUCGGCUCGAUUCUGGAGAGCGAUGUGAAGGCGUUGAGUGACGAGGAGAAACAAGUCAUCGAUCGACUUCUCGACACGAAUUCAGCGAUUCCGGCGGGUCUUCUGAAGUAUUCCGUCGUAACGUCGUUGUAUGAUCGAGGAUUGGUUUAUUUCGAUGUGCCAGUUGACGACAAUGAUUAUAUCUACGUGGCGCCUCUAGAUGGUUUCGUUAUGAAUCGAGUGCUAGGCGACUAUUUCGAGACAUUGCUCUAUAAGAUUUUUGUCGCUAUCGAUGAUCAGACGACAGUUUUAGAAAUGUCUCAAAUCCUUCAUAUCAAUCUGCAACUCGUUAAAAACGCGAUUUCUCUCUUCUGUCGGUUGGGAUUCGCUAGAAAACGAGUGACUGGUGCUGAGAAUUUGACGAUUCACACCUCAUGGACCUCGAAUUCAACAGUGACGACGCCAAUGUCGCCGGUUUCUCCGAUGGCAAGCAUGAUCACAAACACAUCGGAUGAAAUGAAUGAGUUGACGAAGACGUUAUUACGAGGAGACGACGAUGAGGCAGACGAGGCGUUGUCUCCGGUUUCAGAAGACACCGCUCUUCGGGCGUCCUCUCCGAACCCGUCUCUCAAUGAUUCAGUAAUGACUUUUCAAUCCCUUACUUCAUCUCAAACUGCUUCCGAUCUCUCUGGUAACGCUGGAACAGUGAAUCGAGCUGCCUUCAUCUUCGACUCAACACUAACCGCUUUCCUAAUGAUGGGAAACCUGUCAGCCUCACUAAAAGGUCAUGCAGUGGCUCUGUUCGAAGUGGGAAAACUGGCCGACGAGCAAAUGAAGGAUUUUCUGGAACAGCUGGAGACAGUGAAUCAGUUUGCAGAAGGAGAUGCUCAGAGAUAUUCAAUGCACGCGACGGCUCUGUUGGAUUCGUUGAAAAGUUUGCGGCAGGAGAGAGAGGCGGAUUUAGUGAGAGGAGAGAGUUUGUAUACGUUGGAUGAGAAGAGUCGACAGAGAGUUUUGGCUAAAAGUUAUGGAAUCCUCGUCGCAAUGGCACCGUUAUCAAUCGAGGCAUGCGCCAUCCCCGUCCAAUCGGUCCCAUUCAUUGGUCCACCCAAUCCGGAAACGUGUUCUCCGUGGUUCCGUCUUUCAAUAUAUUCCGCGUGUUCUAGUGGUCCUCCGAGUGUAUUUCUUCCCCAUGGCUCUCGUCUCACCACCCUUCCACGCCUUCUCCAACAACAGAUCGGAACUAAAAAUUGUCGAAUUCUGGUGUCGAGUGCGAAACACGAACCACAUAUCAUAACUGCUCAGAAUGCACUAUUCGCACUGAACGAUAUGUUGGUGUACUCGUCGAUAUUCGUUCAAUCAGUGCCGCCAGACAGUGACGAUCGGGAUAAAAUGGUUCAUGUGCCGUUUCCAUUCAAUGAAGAAGAACUGAAACAAGACGAUGCAUUCUGUAAUCAUCCGGCGAUUCAGAAGCUUCGAAAACGUCUCGGAUUGGAUCAAAUGGCUGGAUACGUGAUACUUGUGAAGCGAAACGUCGAGGUGACAGUUCCGAUGGCUGGAGGUUCGGAUAUAAGUGGAAGGACGAAGGCGGAGAGUAACAUAAUGCAAGAUGUAUCAAUGAAUGAAGACCGUGAUGAGUUGUUGACUCGUCUCAUGCCGGGCACUUGUUUCGACGACUUCUCAUUGCUCGAUUGUGUUUUUGGAAUUCCGUUGUUUGACUCGAUUUUGAAUAAGACGAUAUGUCAGAGGAUAUUGUCGCAUGGACUGUUGGAACAGCAAAACCGAAUUAACAUCCAAAACUCCAACAAAUGUGUGGUGGAAAUGACAAAUGAACUAAUCGAAACAGCCAACAAUGGACUCACCAAAAGCUCUCAACUCUUCGUUGAUGGUGGAGAUCAAAAGAACUCUCAAAUCGUACCGCCCGUACGACCCAUAUUUUUUGAUUCUAGUCAACUUAUCUCCUAUGGAACAAUUUGA